UAAGAGAAUUGCAAAUUAGCGGAAUAUUAAAGAAUGGCGGAAGAAGCAUCUAGUUUGGUCGGGAUCCUUGAGACAACCGUGGAACUAAAAUCUUCAACGGAGAAGUUCCAUGACAUGUUUGUCGGGAGACCACACCAUGUCCCCAAUGCAUCUCCAUCCUACGUUCAAGGCUGUGAGCUACACGAAGGCGAAAUGGGCCAAGUUGGUGCCGUCAUCGUAUGGAAUUACGUUCAUGAUGGGGAGGCAAAAGUAAUAAAAGUGAGGAUUGAAGAAGCGGAGCCGGAGAAAAACCAGGUCACGUACAAGGCGUUAGAGGGUGAACUAAUGAAAGAGUACAAUAGCUUCGUGAUCACGUUUCAGGUGACCCCUAAAGAAGGAGAACCUGGAAGUAUUGCACAUUGGCACUUUGAGUAUGAGAAAAUCAGCGAGGAGGUGGCACAUCCUGAAACUCUCCUCCAGUUCGCCGUGGAAGUCUCCAAAGAGAUCGAUGAACAUCUCCUGUCCGAAGAAUAGAGGAAGACUCCUCAUCCGUCUAGUUUGGUUGGGAAGCUUGAGACAGAAGUGGAGAUCAAAGCUUCCGCUGGACAGUUUCAUCACAUGUUCGCCGGGAGACCACACCAUGUCUCCAAAGCAUCUCCAGGCAACAUUCAGGGCUGUGAUCUGCAUGAAGGUGACUGGGGCAAAGUCGGCUCUAUCGUCUACUGGAACUACGUUCAUGAUGGGGAGGCAAAGGUGGCCAAGGAGAGGAUCGAGGCGGUGGAGCCGGAGAAGAACCUGAUCACGUUCAGGGUUAUAGAAGGUGAUCUGAUGAAAGAGUACAAAAGCUUCUUGCUCACCAUUCAGGUGACCCCUAAGCAUGGUGGGCCAGGGAGUAUUGUGCAUUGGCACCUUGAGUACGAGAAGAUUAGUGACGAGGUUGCUCAUCCCGAGACUCUCCUCCAGUUCUGUGUCGAAGUCUCCAAAGAGAUCGACGAACAUCUCCUGUCCGAGGAAUAGAGGAAAGUACUCCUCGUGUGACUAUCUUAUCCGUACGUGUAUGUGUGAUUGAAGCAUUUCGAUUUCAGUCUUUGAAAGCUCAAUAAAUAAUGAGUGUGCUUGAUAUAUAUGAGUGACAUAUAAAAUGGAAUUCAGGAAGUGCUAUAUUGUACAUGUAUGUAUUAUGUUUUUUUUAUUAAGUGUAUUAUGUUUGUGUGUCUUAAUUAUAAAUCUAUAAAAGCAUGUGAUAUAUGUUUGGAUCAACAA